ACUAAUAAAAGAUGAGGUGCAACUACAAACCAACUUAAAAAUAUAUUUAUUAGCACAAGAAAAGCAAUAAUUACAGGAUCUCUCUCUUUCCCCCUUCUUUUGCACCUGCACCUCUUUUCUAUGUAUUUUCCGCAGCAACUCUUGAACUCAAAAACACACACACACAGAGAUGGGCUCUGUGGGCUCUCGGGCGAGAACAAUGGAUGUGAUAAAGGGUGAGAUGCCAUUUGAGGAAGAAGAAGAGUUUGUUCUUGGGAAGAGCAAUAAUAGUACUAAAAACAAUAAAGAUGUUGUUGGUCUUGUUCUUGUGGACAUCCUCAAUGGCUUCUGCACUGUUGGAUCUGGCAAUCUCGCUCCAACAAAACCAAACAAGCAGAUAGAAAGCAUGGUGAAGGAAGCAGCACGCUUAUCAAAGCUGUUCUGUGAAAAAAAGUGGCCUGUUUUUGUAUUUCUUGAUUCCCACCAUCCAAACAAGCCUGAACCUCCCUACCCUCCUCACUGCCUGAUUGGAUCAGGUGAAGAGGACCUUGUUCCAGCUUUGAAAUGGUUGGAGAAGGAAUCAAAUGUCACAAUUAAACGAAAAGAUUGCUUUGAUGGGUUCAUUGGUUCCAUGGAGAAAGAUGGAUCAAACACUUUUGCAAAGUGGGUGAAAGCUAAAGAAGUCAAAGUUAUUUUGGUGGUAGGAAUAUGCACAGAUAUAUGUGUGCUAGACUUUGUGUGCUCUACUCUAUCGGCUAGAAAUAUUGGAAUGGUGCCACCUUUGGAGGAUGUUGUUGUUUAUUCUCAAGGAUGUGCUACAUUCGACCUUCCGAUGGACAUUGCUCAAACUGUAAAGGGAGCUCUACCCCAUCCUCAGGAAUCGCUUCAUCACAUAGGACUCUAUAUGGCCAAGUCAAGGGGAGCCAAAAUAGUAAAAACAGUGACUCUUGGCUCAUCAAAAUGAGAUGUGAUACUGCUUGCUUGUUGGUACUACUUGGAAUAUUAUGAUAAAUAGUAAAAUAAGGAUGCUCUUAUGGUUUUGCUAAGAUUCCGCUGCUUAUAUCAAGCAAGACUCCAAACUUGUUAUGUAAUUUGCAGUGGCAUAUGUGUAACUAUGUCUAAUUCUCUGUACUCCACUUUAAACUAUGUACUAAUGGCCCUGUUGAAAUCCUUAGUUGCAUCAUUGUUAAAA